AUGGGGGAUCGGGAGGAGGACGAGGAGCUCCAGAUGGCGCUCCGCAUGAGCCUCCAGGGCUCCCCGCCGGCGCAGCCCGAGGCCAAGCGCAGCAAGCCCCCGCCCCCCGCUGCGGAGUCGCCGGAGGCGGAGGCGCGCCGGAAGCAGCGUGAGCUCAUGGCCGCCGCCGCCGAGAAGCGCCUCCGCGCCGCCGCCUCACCGGCCGCCGUCUCGGUGGCGCGGUCUUCUCCGCAGCCGGUGGUGGUGGAGCCAGCAGCCCCUGCCCUGGAGGCCACCAAAGAGCAGGAGGAGGAGCCGGAACAAGCUGGCGUAUCUAUGGAGGAAGCGAAAGAGGUGGAGGAGGAGGAGGAAGAAAAAGGGGAGGAGUUGCCUCCAGAUGUCGCUGAGAAUCUGUGGGCAAUGGUGUUUGGGGGAGGGGUUUCAAAGACGGUCUUGGCGCAGUGGAGUAAUCAGGGCAUAAGGUUUAGCUCCGACCCAGAAACAACUAUGGGGCUUGUACAACAUGAAGGAGGUCCUUGUGGUGUCUUAGCAACCGUGCAGGCUUAUGUCCUUAAAUAUCUUCUGUUUUUUUCUGAUGACUUGAGUAAUCCAGAGUUUAGUAACCCGCUGUAUACUCUGGGACAAAGACGUUUUUAUCAGAGUUCUUUUGCUGCAGGGGAUGAUUUUUCGUCCCUGACUGAUGAUAGAAAGACAAGAGCAUUGGUUCAUGCUAUGGUGGAGAUUCUUUUUUUAUGUGGAACUGAGAAAAGAGCUGUUGUAGCAUCUGUUGCGCGUGCCAAUCAUGGAAAAAUCGAUGCAGUUUUGGAAGAUCUUUCUGUCGAAUCAGCAAUGGAUCUGCAGAAAGUUCUUAGAACAAGUACAUUUACUUCAAGGAAGGAUGCAUUCAACACCCUUUUGGCUAACAUUCCUUUGUUUGAAAGUCGACUGGGAGCCAUGCUAUUUCUUAUCUCUGCUUUGCUUUCACGAGGAUUGGAAGAUAUCCAAGCUGACAGGGAUGAUCCAAGCCAGCCAUUGGUCACUGCUCCAUUUGGCCAUGCUUCACAGGAAAUUGUGAAUUUAUUACUCUGUGGAGAGGCUGUUCCAAAUGUAUUUGAUGGCAAGAUGGACCUUGGUGGUGGCAUGUCCUUGAAGGGCAUACCAAACAGUGUUGAAGUUGGUUUUCUUACCCUCCUGGAAUCACUAAAUCUCUGCAAGGUUGGUCAGUACUUGAAGUGCCCAAAGUGGCCAAUAUGGGUUGUGGGAAGUGAAAGUCACUACACUGUCCUUUUUGCCCUGAACCCCAACGUUCAAGAGGAGAAUGAGCUGGAAGAGCGCGAAUCAAAAAUAAGACGGGCUUUCGAUGCCCAAGAUCAAAGUGGAGGUGGAGGCUUUAUCAGCGUUGAGGGCUUCCAACAAGUCCUCAGGGAUACUGACAUAAAUUUUCCUUCGGAUAAACUCGAGGACCUUUGUAAUGCUGGCAUUAUAGUAUGGAGUGAAUUCUGGCAGGCAUUGCUACAGUUGGAUAAAAGGGCCGGAGGCAUGAAGGAUCCAACUGGCCUUAUGGGCAAGAAGCAAUUCACCAUCUUCCACUUCAAUGGAAUUGCCAAGUCUGUGCUGAAUGGGAAUGCAAGUGCAGGUGGCUCAUCCCCUAUACAGAGACCCAGGUUAUGCAAGCUAAAUGUCACUGUCCCCCCAAGGUGGACUCAAGAUGAGUAUCUGGCUGAUGUUGUAAGCGCAUCAACCAGCAGCAGCAAGGAUGACAGUAUUCUUUCUCUAGCUCCCCCAGUUCAGACUAAUCAGCAUGCACCAUUGGUGGACUGCAUUAGGACACGGUGGCCACGAGCUGUUUGUAGCUGGGCUGGAGAUGUUCCAAGUAUUGUCUGA